UACCAAGCAUAGACACUGCUUGGAAACAGCUUAAACUUUGUUAGGUUGUUGAGGCCAAGAGGCUGGAGACCUGUGUGCACUUGUAACUACCUCUUCUUUAGUGAAAAGAAGUUUAAAUGGUUUAUAAUCCCUACUUUCCAUCUCUCACCCACCCUCCCGUUUAAGGUUUGAAUCUCCCUCCACGUUUUGGGGGACCGCCUAGCCCUAUCAUUCAUCCAUCCAUCUUUCCUGUAUUGACCUCCCUCCCUCCCAGCGCUGGACAGGGCACCAUGACUUCAAGUAAAGCAAUUGAAUUACAACUACAAGUCAAGCAAAAUGCAGAAGAGUUACAGGACUUCAUGAGGGACUUAGAAAACUGGGAGAAAGACAUUAAACAAAAGGAUAUGGAACUAAGAAGACAAAGUGGUGUCCCUGAGGAGAAUUUACCUCCUGUUCGAAAUGGAAAUUUUAGGAAAAAGAAGAAAGGCAAAGCAAAAGUGUCUUCCAGAAAAACCAAAGAGGAGAACACUAAAAACAGGAUAAAAUCUUACGAUUAUGAGGCUUGGGCAAAACUUGAUGUGGACAGUAUCCUUGAUGAACUUGAUAAAGAAGAUAGUACUCAUGACUCUGUUUCUCAGGAAUCUGAGUCAGAAGAAGAUGGCAUUCGUGUAGACUCCCAGAAGGCUCUGGCUCUAAAAGAAAAGGGAAAUAAAUACUUCAAACAAGGGAAAUAUGAUGAAGCAAUUGAGUGCUACACAAAAGGCAUGGAUGCUGAUCCCUACAAUCCUGUGUUGCCAACAAACAGAGCAUCAGCUUACUUUAGAUUGAAAAAGUUUGCUGUUGCUGAGUCUGAUUGUAAUUUAGCAGUCGCCUUAAAUAGAAAUUAUACAAAGGCUUACACCCGACGAGGUGCUGCUCGGCUUGCUUUGCAAAAGUUAGAGGAUGCCAAAAAAGAUUAUGAAAAAGUAUUAGAACUGGAACCAAAUAACUUUGAAGCAAUAAAUGAACUCAAGAAAAUUGAUCAGGCUUUAACAUCCAAAGAGAACUCUUAUCCAAAGGAAGCCUCUACACUGAUUGAACCAACUGAAGGAAGCAGAAAACAAAUUGAAGAACAGCAGAAUAAGCAGAAGGCCAUUGCAGAGAAAGAUCUGGGGAAUGGAUUUUUCAAAGAGGGAAAGUAUGAAAGAGCAAUUGAAUGCUAUACUCGAGGGAUAGCAGCAGAUGGCACUAAUGCCCUCCUUCCAGCUAACAGAGCAAUGGCCUAUCUGAAGAUUCAGAAGUAUGAGGAAGCUGAGCAAGAUUGUACACAAGCUAUUUCAUUAGAUGGAUCCUAUUCUAAGGCUUUUUCCCGAAGAGGAACUGCAAGAACAUUUUUGGGAAAGAUGAAUGAGGCUAAGCAAGAUUUUGAAACUGUUUUACUUCUGGAACCUGGAAAUAAGCAAGCAAUAACUGAGCUUUCUAAAAUCAAAAAGGACUUAAUUGAGAAAGGACAUUGGGAUGAUGUCUUUCUUGAUUCCACGCAAAGACACAAUGUGAUUAAACCCAUAGAUAAUCUACCUCGGCUUGGAUCAACUAAACCACUCAAGAAAGUUUUUAUUGAAGAAACUGGCAAUUUGAUACAGACUCUUGAUGUGCCAGAUGGCACUGCUGCUGCCACAAAGAAUAAUGGUAGCGAUUUAGUGAAUGUGACAAUGGCUGUAGGCACUGCCGGCAAGAAGAACUCAAGCCAGGAUGACCUUUUGCCUGCCAGUGACACUCCAAGAGCAAAAGUAUUGAAAAUAGAAGAAAUCAGCGACACAUCAGCCCUGCAACCUCAAGUUAAUUCAAAACAGGAUGUAUGCCAGUCUUUCAGUGAGAAGGUUUCCAUAAAGGUAGAACACGCCUGUGCUCAGUUCCCCACAGCUGUCAUGCCUCCGAUUCCUGCCAACUCGUUCCAGCUUGAAUCUGAUUUCAGGCAACUGAAAAGCUCUCCAGAUAUGUUAUACCAGUAUUUAAAGCAAAUUGAACCAUCCUUAUAUCCGAAGUUGUUUCAGAAAAAUCUAGAUCCUGAUGUAUUCAACCAAAUCAUUAAAAUUUUACAUGACUUUUACAUUGAGAAAGAACAACCAUCAGUCAUCUUUGAAGUCUUACAGAGACUUUCUGAGCUAAGAAGGUUUGAUAUGGCAGUGAUGUUCAUGUCAGAACCUGAGAAGAAGAUCAUACAUGUAUUAUUCAGUCAUUUAGACAAAUCAGGAUUGAAGGAUAAUUCUGUUGAAGAGCUCAAGAAAAGAUAUGGUGGUUAAUUCCUGUUUUUACUGAGAUUGUUUUUGCCUUUCACGUGUACAUUUUUUCCUACUGAAAAUAAAGUGUUCUGAUUUUUAAUAAAAUGGAAAUAUAGAAGACUCAUUGGAUAUAAGUUAAUUGAUUUAAAAGUGCAUUGUGGUUUAACUAGUGAGAAAUGUUUCAAAUAAACAUAAGUUUUUCUGAAAAUCAA